AUGGAGGAAUACAAAACAAUCAUAACAAAUUCUGAUCUACCCCACGAAUAUAUAUAUGACGAUGACAAACUGGUUUCGCACACGCCGGAGUCAGAAUUAAAUCUAGGAGAUAUUUUGCAUUCGGCUGCUUUUGCUGCUGAAGCCAAACCGAAAACUAAAAGACUUUCGCGCGCCAUUCCGCCGUAUCCGCAUGCGGCUCGGCUGAAAAAUGGUGUUCGUGUUUAUGAGUAUAGUGAGCCCAGAAAACAAAGCUACAGAUCAAAUUUAUGGAAGGAGGCCUACAGUAUACUCCACCAGCGAUUGGAUAUUGCAGAGACAGUCGCAGGAGAGGAAAACCUGAGAACGCAGAUACAUCCGUGUUUGCACAGGAUUAAAGGACUUUUAAAUCCGGACACCUGCCUCAUGUGUCCGCGGUGUCAAAAGCCCAUUUUGUCCACCAAAGUUCUGAGAUUAGCAUAG